AGAAAAGCCGGGCGUACUCUUUUGCUCAUCGUCGCGAGAUUCUCGCCGUCGUCGUCCAGACCGUCGAGCUCCCCUGUUACCCGUCUCUCAGGCGCCAAUUGCAAGGUUGUAGGGUUGUUGUAGUCCCCGCAGCUCCCAAUUGCUUAUCGACACUUUACCCCAGGCCUCGGUUUCCUAUAUCCCACCCUUUGACCGAAGAAACAACUCGGUACACUAGUGUCAAUAUCAGUCUAAUGCCAAUGGAGACCUUCCAGGAUGUACCGCCUCUCUGGGACUUUCCAGGCGCAGUGAACUACUCUCAAAUGCCGGACGAAGACUUUAUGAACCUUUUCUCCAAGCAAUUUCCUCAGACUGGCGCUGUCGUCGACCCAAUGUCCUUUGGAGGAGGAUAUAUGGAUAAUUCAGUGGCCAAUAUGAACCAACAACAACAUGUGAACAAUCUCCCUCCACCGCUGCCCUCCUUGACACCCCCGUCGGAGGAUAGCAGCCCCAGUCCUCCAAACUCAAAUCAAGAACCUGAGGAGAAAGAUGUACAGCAACCGCCCAAGCGAAAAGCCGCCGACCUUCCUCAGGAUGGGCCCAGCUCGAAGAGCCAGCAUACCAUGAAUAACAACGAGAAGAAGUCCGCCACAGCUUCUACCUCUGCAACUACGUCUGGCAAUCGACGCAAGUCGACGAGCACCGUCAAAGACGAAAGCCGCUUAUUGAAGCGCAAGGAGCAGAACCGUGCCGCCCAGCGCGCGUUCCGGGAACGGAAGGAGAAACAUGUCAGAGAUCUCGAGGAGCGAGUGGCUGAACUCGAGGCGAAAAAUGAAGAAGCGACGCAUGAGAACGAAAACCUCCGGGACUUGUUGGCCCGACUCCAAUCGGAGAACGUUAUGCUCAAGCAGCAGCAGUUCACCUUCUCCAUGCCCAGAAGCACAACGGACAACAGCUUCCCUGGUACUGAUAUGUCGGCUUUCAAUUCUGGCUUGGCGUCAGGAUCGAACGGUUCCUUCGCCGCAGCGUCAUCCUCCAAGAGUCCUAGGCACACUAACCCCCUCGAAUGGAGCUCAUCAUCUACGUUCGACCCAACAAGGCUGAACCUGCUCGACGAUCUACCACAGCCCACAGCCACUCAAGGAGCGAUGCAAUUAGACUUCGGAUUUGGAAAUACUGGCUUGGCGUCCAAUGCUCCAUAUACCUCGAUUGCCGCAAACCCCAUGUUCAUGUCAUUCGCAUCGUCAUUCGAUUCGUCAACGCCUUCAGCUUCGACAAACUCCGAUAGUCCAAAUCAUUCGAUGAACGGAGGCAGCACCAAUUCUGCAUUCAAUUUCGACUUUAAUUCUCUAACGCCAUGGCCGACGCAGACGAACAACCAAGAGAAUUCGCUGGACGAUCUGUUGUCGAAUUACAUGAACAAUUCGAACAGCUACGGCAAUUCGUACCUGACAUCGCCAGCAAGUGUCAGUCCUGUCGCCCAUCACCCCAAGCCGGCAGGGCUGUCAUGCUCCACCUCAUCCACAUCUUCGCCUUCCUCCUCUUCCACCGACCCACUAUUCACACCGAAGGACAUGGCCACUCCCGAAUCGGACCGGGAUGGCGCUCAUCAUGACACCACCAAAUGUCCGAAGAACAGGUCCGAAGUUGCGAAACGGGUGGAGGAAGCUGGCGAAUCGCCGUUUGCCCCCAGUGUACAGAAAUGUCAGGAUGCGCUGUUUGGGACGAUGAUCUCAUGCAGUGGGUCUGUCAGCUUCCCAAAGACUCAGAAGAGCGACCAGAACGUGGAGGUGCUGACUGCCUGGAGGAGCAUAACCUCCAACCCCAAGUUCAAAGACACCGACAUCUCGGAUUUGUGUGCCGAGUUCACAGCAAAAGCACGAUGUGAUGGCCAGAAGGUCGUUCUCGAGCCAUCCGGCGUCGUGUCAAUAUUGGAAAAGCUGUCGCAGAAACAGCAGCCCCAGCACUAG